AAAGCGUAAGCUGGUGAAAGUUUUGUGUAUUGUGUUUUGGCACUUAAUUGAUGCUGAUAAGAAAAUGAACGGAUUGAUUGUGUUUAACAGUGCCAACGACGUUGUGUAUCAAAAACUAAACGAGCCGUUAACCCAAAAGAUCUCAAAUGUGGCCAGAACGCAGGGAUUACUCCGAUCCGGAGGCGCAUUGGACAGCAACAUCCUGCUUCAAAUUUUCAGCCCCAUUAUCGGAUCCCAGCGAAUAAUGCAGUGUCAGUUCGACAAUGCUUACUCUAGCCUACAAUGCGAGCAGGGUUUUAAUUUGGUGUUCGGCGAGCUUCUGGGAUUCACCUUUCUCAAGAUCGGACAAAUUCCCGUAGAUCUGCUGGGGCGACAGGUGGGCGUGGCCAUUGCUCUAAGCCGCUAUUGUUACGGUGCAAACUUAUUUGCCUCCCAGGCGGGGGCAAUGCAACAGGAGCUGCUGACGCAGUGCCUUGACUGCUACGAGACGCUUCUGUGGCAGGAAGACCAGACAUACCUGCUGGAAGCCAUGCCCAAGCUGCUGAUCAACAUGGAGCUAAAGAGGACUGUGCAUCUUACAUUGGACGCCACGCUGGAGCACCUGAGACAGCUGGGCUUGCCCCGUGCCCACACCAUGUUGCUGGUCUCCCAUAAGCUGGUGGCCGUUAACAGCACCAGACAAGCUUUGCCACUCGCCGCCGCCGACCUGCUCUUCCUCAGCUUAAUGUCGCGUUCCCUCGAGGCACCCAAGUCCCCGGCCCAGCGGGCAGUGGCUGUAUUCCUCCAAGGCGUCUCGUACGACGUGAACUCUGGUUGCGUUCCAAGCAUCGUUCACAUCUCUCGCCUACACGGCAACCAGGUGCUUCUGCAGGUCAUAGAGUACGCCCACAUGCCACUGACCAGCUGCAUCUACGACUCCUUCUAUGUGCUGCAGAAGAUUGUAGCCGUGCAGCAUCAAGGCGAUUCGGAUACCCUUAAGCCGGCCUACGAAAAUCUUGAAACCUUCAUAGUUCAAGCCCUGAUUGCUUUAAAGAAAUACAUAAAACAGCGUUCAGAAACGGAUGACCUGGAGAACUGCACAAAGAAGUUCGCCGCUAAAUGGGAAAAUCUAAAGAAAAUGUACACGGAGUAUUUCAAGAACUUCGAGCGGGAACUUCUGGUAAGGAUUGAGUCAAAUCUGCCCUCGUUUGGAGAAGAACUUAAGCAGAUUUUCACGCUGGCAUGCUGCGACAGCUCUAGUGUCCAUGAACUGGACCAACUCUCUGACACUGCGGCCAAUGUGGAGGCCAAGCUGCUUGAGUUUGCCGAAUUUCUGGCCGUUAAGGCUACUCGCAAUAUAUCCAUCGAUGCCUACUUGGAGGACUUUCCCGGGCUGGUGCACUUCAUGUAUGUAAACCGCAGCAGCGGACAAAUGCUGGCACCGGAUUUACGACCAAACCAGUUGGUGCCCAAGACAAAGCUCUGGAGCAUGGUGGAGAUUGCUAGGAGCUAUCUAAAGAAGGGCCAGACUACGGUGAUGUGGAAAGACAAGGCGUUUCACUACUCCUACUUCCUUUGGUUCGAGGAUUUGUCGGGUGGCACACUAAACUCCGUUCUGGACUUGCAGCAGCACUUUUUGGCCACAGGAGCAGCGAGUGGCAACGGCUCGAAAUCUCCAACAGAACCGGGCGCUCUAACCAUGGACUACUACCACGAUCUGGUUGAAUUGUGCUUUCCCAAACUGUCGCCGGCAAAAGUGCGCGUUUACGAGUUGUACUGCAUUCACUUGGGACUGGUGACAGCCACAUGUGCAGUGGAACAUGCCCGGCGCCUGGUGGCCACCAUAAGCGAUGUUGUGGGCGAGGAAACCUUUUAAGAAUAAUCAACUUCUUGCAAUCUUAGCGUUCCAUGCGAAACUUCCAGCGUUAGAAAUUAUGCUAGUCAAUUUACGAGACUUCUUGGAAACCAAUCCAAUCGAAAUUUGUUAGGUUAAGGACAACUGUCCCUUCGUUAUAGGCUACACCAAAAAGAUAUUUGUAUAAUAAUUGGAAACGUUUUUUUUUUCAAUUUGCAAUAAAAACUUAACAACUUAA